AUGAUGGACGGAGGUAGCACGAUCCCAGGAUACUCAGUUGCAUUAGAAUGGGUGAAAAACCUCUUUUCCCGUACGAUUAAAUCAUCCAACUGUGUCCCCAAGCAUAUUGGGUUUGUCAUGGAUGGUAACAGGAGAUAUGCUCGAAAGAAUGAAAUCGAGAUCAAAGAGGGACACGAAGCUGGGUUCUCAAGUUUAAGUCAAGUUUUAGAGCUCUGUUAUGAAGCAGGUGUGGAUACAGCGACAGUGUUUGCAUUUUCGAUAGAAAACUUUAGGAGGACCCCUUCUGAAGUGGAUCAUCUCAUGAGGUUGGCUCGUGAGAAGAUUCGUCAAAUUACACAACAUGGUGAGAUUGCUGAAAAAUAUGGAGUACGAAUUAGAGUUAUUGGAGACGUUUCAAGACUUCAUAAGAGUGUUUAUGAUGAUAUUGUGGCUACCACGGAGCUGACAAAAAGUAAUACAAGGGCAACACUCAAUAUCUGUUUCCCUUACACUAGCAGGGAAGAGAUGCUGCAUUCGAUAAAAGAUGUGAUAGCAGGCGGAAAGAAAAGCGGUGAGAUAAAUGAGGCCUCUAUCGAAAGAAGUCUUUAUACUGGCGAUGAUCCACCACUGGAUUUACUCAUACGGACAAGCGGUGUCACUCGUUUAAGUGACUUUUUACUAUGGCAAGUUAGUGAGAGAGGCGUAGUAAUCGAGUUAUUUGACUGUCUUUGGCCUGAAUUUGGUCCUAUGAAGAUGGCAUGGGCAUUGUUAAAAUUUGCCUUUAGGAAAACGUUUUCCGAUAAAGAGAAUGAAUUGGAGGAUGACGAUGGAGUUUUAGAGAAUCAAGAUGAUCUAUAUAUCAAGAAAACACUGUAG